AUGUGUCAUGCCAUGUCGUGCAGAGCACACAGCACAGUGCAGGAAAUGCCAGCGCAGGGAGAGGACGACGAGGUAGCAGGAGAUGAGUGGAGGAGGAGGAGGAGGAGGAGGAGGAGGAGGAGGAGGAGGAGGAGGAGGAGGAGGAGGAGGAGGAGGAGGAGGAGGAGGAGGAGGAGGAGGAGGAGGAGGAGGAGGAGGAGGAGGAGGAGGAGAGAAAGAGGCAACGAGACUUGGAAGCGGUAGGCGUUUGCGGAGGGAGAGAAGCGGCAGCACUGACUUGA